AUGGCUUUUUCUCUUUGCAUGGAUGAUGGUACACUAUGGUACCAAGGGCGGCUAUGUGUUCCAAAUGUAGAUGGUCUCCGGGAAAGAAUCUUGAUCGAGGCUCACACUUCUAGGACUAUGCGCACUCCACGCAAGUUUGACUCCAUUUGGGUAAUUGCGGAUCGAAUCACGAAAUCAGCACACUUCUUGCCGAUUAAGGCUACCGACACAGCAGAACAGGAUUUGGAGUUCAAAGAAGAUGAUUGGGUAUUCUUGAAGAUUUCCACCCAUGAAGGGUAUAAAGAGCUGGUAUUUCAUGUAUCUAUGUUGAAGAAAGUGGCCGGAGAUCCGUCGCUUAUCAUGCCAGUUGAGACUGUUGAGGCUAAUGAAGAACUGACAUAUGAAGAAAUUCCGGGUGCCAUUCUUAAUAGGCAAGUCCGAAAGUUGAGAAAUAAAGAAAUUACCUCUGUGAAGGUGUUAUGGAGAAACCAGCAGGUUGAAGAGACUACUUGGGAGGUCGAGGAAGAGAUGAAGAAGAAUUAUCCCUAUUUGUUUGAAUAG